AUGGAAUCAAUUCCAGAUUUCACCUGGGAUCUCUUUAGUACUUGCUUGGACUUUAAUGUAUUUGAAACGUGUGUUACAUGGCCCUUUAGGUAAGGAGGGAACAGUUUUUUAGUAACAAUACUUUAGUUGUGGCUUUAUCUUUUAAGCAUUUACCUUAUAUUUAGUUUUAAGAGGCAGCUGCUCUCUUCAGAGCUGAAAAUGAAUUUAGGGUUAAUGAAGGAUAACCCUGCUCUGAGGCUGUUUCUUGCAAAAAUUCCUAACAGACAUUUAAUUUUUAAAAUGCAUAAGUUGUACUACUCUUCAUUUAUGGAAUAACAUCAUAUACUCUGUGUACUUACUGUACAUUAUCCUUAAAAUAUUAUUUUAAUCAAUAUGAGUAAUCAACCAACUGGUAUUUAAAUCAUUUUAAGACAAUAUCUAAAACACAUGGAGUGUAGUGGACUGAGCUGGUACAGUGUGUUUUUUCUUGUGAUAAUCAAAUGAUUGGGUCCCUAUUACCUGGAGAUUUAUGGUAUUAUAUUCAUCCUGCAAUGUGAUAUAAGUGUUACUGUUCCUUUAACUCUGUGAUUUUCAUUGAGUUAUACAUAAUUUUCCUCAGUCUGUUAAAAUUUGCUUUACAUCUUGUUCUUUGAAAAGUUUAUACUUACAUUUUCUUGAAAAUGAUGUCUAAUCUCUUCUUUUAUGGUGCUGAAUUUAGGUGAAAGGGUCUCAUAAAAUAAUGACAGUUUUUUUUUUGUUUUCACUGCAAACAAACAAUUUAAAUCUACAUAAAUUAAAGAAAUUUAAAUCUACAUUGUGUUCUGUAGCUCUGAACACUGCAUUUGUGCCAUGAAGUAGUAUGUUAGGUCAGGUUAUGAAAAGUUUUCUCAAAAAGUUUACGAUAAAUGUUUUGAAGAAAAAAUACAUGCAAUAGGAACUUUGUAUGUAUGCAUGAGGCAUGGGUAGUAUUCCUGCUUAGUCUCCCAAUUCAUUUUCAGGCUUUUAAGGUUCGACAAUAAUGAGCCUGGAAGGCAACUUAAACAGCCACCAGCAGCAUUCCUGGAAGCUGACUUGGCUGAGGUGAGACCUGAGAACCCCUUUUUUUGAAAACCUUCAAAUCAGGAUUUCUAAAAUUGAUGAAUUGCCUUCCUAUGUGACAGAAUAUAUACUGAAUGUGUAUGUGCAAUGGAAUGUUACUGGUUGUAGGAGUCAGUCCUCAUCAUGUAGCUAGUCUGUGAACAAGUAUGUCUAAAACCUGAAGGGUGUUCAUGUGUAUUUUUGAUUACUUUUUUGUUGUUUUUACACGUAGGUUGAUAUCAAUGAACCUCGUCUUCCCCCAGAGGUUGUGUACAUGCUGAAGAGUGUAAGGUAAAUUCUACCAUCCUAAAACCCUUCUAUUUCCUCAAUGUUUAGGUCUAAGGUUUCUAAUGAACCUUUUUGCAAUAAUGAAAGAUUGUUUCGCUUGAGUUGAGAAUCUUUAAUAGCCUAUUUAAGGUAUAUGGAAGAGGAAUUGAGUUACAGCUUUGCCAUAAUCUUACUGACAGUUAAGUUGUUGUCAUCCACAAUGUCUAUGCUUUCUAAAAGGGAAGAGAAUAAUGGAGUUUAAUUUAAAGCGUACAUUAUGCUGAAAAGACUGACUCGGUGUGUUGCAAUUAAAUGAAAACACAUGCAGUACACUCUUUGACAACUACAUUUACAAACCUCAUAGCAAUUGGAAGGGCUCCAAUGUCUCUUAAAUUUGGAAGUUCAAAUGAGUCCUGAACUUUAGCUAGAAAUUAAGGAUAAAAAUCUGUUCAACUUAAAAGUUCUAAUUCUACUUUCAGGUCUCAUUUGAGUUUCCAAAAUUUGUAUUUCCAAAAUUAUACUUAGUGAAAAUUUUCCACUUUCUUGUUUUUGUUGUCUUAAAGAGUAUUUGGUCAUUUUGAGAAGCCCCUUUUCUUUGAGCUGUGCAAAUACAUUCAGACUAAGUUGGUUCCAGCCAAUGCUCUUCUAUUUAAACCAGGGCAGGUAAGACAAUUCAUAAGUACUAGAAAUUGCAAGUCUACAUACAAUAAGUCAUAGUUAGUCUAGUCUGCUGAUUCACCCCAACUUCUCUAUUAUCAAUGAUGCAUAGUGUACAUGAAAGAGCCCCACAAUCUAAAAUCACAGGUGGACUGAGGGGUUUGCCAUUUGCGAUGAUGGUUGUAAGUCAACAUAGUUACAUGCAAAGAACACAAUUUGAAUGUUGACUACCAGUUAACUUUCCUAGAAUUUUGCCAGGUUUCUUUUAUAGAACGUGACCUUGCAUUCUCACACCAAGGUGCAUUAACUUAGCAAAGAGGUGCAUUGCACCUUGGGGAAAAAAUGUUUUUUGUGUCAUAUUGAAGAAGGUUCAUUGAAUGACAAAGCUCAAAUCAUUUUGCGCACUUGCCUCCUGCAUCAAAAUUUAACCCUUUCACUCCCAAAGAUCUUGUUAGUCUUUCUCUUUGCUGUCUGUCAUACAAUUGUUAUGAUGUUGAUUCUGAAAAUUUGGUAUUGGAUCAACUAAUAAUCAACUAAUGGAUAUUUUUCUUUAUUCUCAUCACUUGUCUGCUUGAUAUGGUAUUAAUAUUGUAAGGAGAAAUUCUGUCUCAGUCACUAAUGGAAGUUAAAGGGUUACCAUAUAAGUAUGUAACUGUGAGACACGAUCUUGAAAUAGUGAGGAAGAAAUAAUUUUUUUUCAGCAUGAUGAUAGCAUAUACGUAGUCCAGAGUGGAAAGCUCUCUGUCUCUAUAAUUGAAAAGGUGAGUGCUAAAGAUAAAACAGGUUAAGUAAUAUGCCGAAAUUAGUCACCAGACCCAGCUCCUAAUGUGGCUCUGAACCUGCCAAAAUGUCCCAAAAUAUGACUUACACAGUCAAGCAUGUGUUUGUAAAUCAGGCCGUUAAAAGAUGAUGGGAUAGAAAUGAAGAAUAUCUUGUGUAUCAGGAAGCCUCAGUCGAUAUAGUGGAUUUAGUUGUUACAACAUGUACAUCCGCCAAUCGGUAAAUCGGACGAUAAUCGGUCGUUUAUUGUGUGCCCCAAGACGAUCGAUAGUCGAAUGACACUCGACCAGUACUCGGUUGAUGUCCAGGUGUAGUUGUCGGCGGACUAUCGCCACACCGAAAUAUGGAUCGACUACUAUCAAGUGUCGGUUGACUAUUAACGGACUGUCAUCCAACUGUUACUCGACCAUUGGCUGACUAUCGACCGAUUUAUCGACCGACUAUUGACUGAUGAAUCGAUCGACUAUCGACAGAUAUAUCGACCAAUUUAUCAAAAGAAGAUCCCCGAUGGGUUACCACACCUGCUAAAGUAAUUUUAACUGAUCGUCAACUUGCGUCUCGCAUGCUGUGUUUUUACGUUAACAGGAUGGCACGGAGGUGUGCAUGAAGGAAGUUCUCACUGGAGAGAGCAUAUACAGCGUGCUCACUAUACUGGACGUUCUUACGGUAAGUCUUCGGUCACGGGAUUGUGUCGUUUUUGACUUAAUAGAUAUUACAAGAUGAUGCAGUUUCAUCAACUGAGUUGAUGAAACCAAGGCAGAGGUUUCGAGCGUAGCACUUCGUCAGAGCUCCAACCUCCCAUCCACACAGCAUCACAGUUUCUUUAGAAACUUACCCCUCCUCCCCUCCCCUCCCCCUCCCCCCCUCACUCAUUCCUAUUAGACAUUGAAAGGGACAUUUCGGGAAUAUAUAGGGGUUUUUUGUUGGUAUUUUUCACCAUAACCAAGUUUUGUGUGGCUGUGUUCCCACAGCAGUACAUUGUGUGCGUUUGCGUAACCGUGAUCUGUUGGUAUAUGUGGGUAAUCGUGAUCUUUUGAUGUAUGUAGGUAGUCGUGAUCUAUUGGUAUUUGCAGGAAGUCGUGAUCUGUUGGGAGGCUUUAUGAAGUGAUAAGACGUAACGUGAGAUCUACUUCAUGUAGUAUUCCAUGCAAAAAGAGUGGCCUUGUGGAUCUGAAAGAUCUGCCCAUAAAACAAUCCUUUACAUCGUAAUAUCAGUAUGCAAAUUCUCCAUACUGUUUUCCAUACAUUUCCUAAGGCUUACGAGGAGAAUUUGUUUAGCAAUCAAGAGCUUCUUCAGUUGGCGAUCGUUUCCGUUAUCCUUGAAGCCUUAAUGUUCGAUUCAGGAGUGAUGUUGUAAGGAGAAAUCAGAUUUUAGUCACUCUGAGAGGUUAAAGGGUCAAAAGACUAAAACUUUAAAAAAAACUAACUGUUUUUAUUCGUCUCUUAUAGGGUCAUCAUAUGACCCUUCCCCAAAUAUGCUGUCGGGCAGUUGUGGAUACUCAUGUUCUUAGGUGACUACUUUUUAACCAUUACGUUUACAUACAAAUAUUUCCCCUUGUCAGUGCGGCAAAUGCGAGUCUUACAAUGGGAUAGAUAUUUGGCACUUCUGUUUCUCAAAGGGAUUCAUCCUCAAGGUUGCGACGCCGAAAUUAAAUUUCACUCCCCUUUCAAGCAUUCACUUUUCGCCAUUCGUUGUGCCCUUAUAGUACGCUUUGGCGCUUACCGUUAAGACUGUGGUAUAUUUUUUCCAGCCGUCCUGUUGAGACAAUCAUUGCAGUCAUGCGUGGGUCAUCUGUUUUGCACCAAUAUUAUGUCUCAACCCUAGCACAGUUUCAUGAAGCUUUUUUGAUUUAUUGUGCAUCAAUUUUAGUUUAAUGAUUUUCUCUUUUUAAUUUCCUGAAUGUAUUUUCCAGGUUGCCGGGCAAAGCUUUUCAAACAGUGUUUGAGCAGCAUCCAGAUUCCUUGGUCAGAGUUGUGCAGGUUUGUCAAACUCUCAUGCUAAUUCCCACUGCCAAAGUUUCAAGAUAAAUGGAAAAAAUGUUUCAGCAGAAAAACAAAUCAGAACUUAAGUGUUGUGCUUAAAUAGCAUGGAAACGUUAAGUAUUUAAAGGAAGAAGGUUUAAAUUCCAGCCUAUUUGCGUGAAGCUUGUGUGUCGCCUCUCCGCAAAUUAUGUAAUUAUUUUUAGUGUUAUCGGUUCCUGUUUUAUUAAACAAGGGAAUGUUAAAAAUGGUUUUCGUGUUCCCUAGAUUUUACUAAAGAAACGUAUCACCUUUACAGGAUAUUUUUGUUAGCGUGUGUAAGUUUCAAAGGAGCGUCAAUCGUUAGACCAAUUUGCCUGUUCUGCGUUUAAACUGAAAUGUCACAGCUGAAAUCUAUUUCUUUUUUUCAGAUUAUUAUGCUUCGUCUUCAGCAAGUUACAUUCAUGGCGCUGCACAACUUCCUGGGACUUAGCUACGAGCUCAUUGCGAGUGUAAGUGUACACGUACUAACCUUCACUGAAAGUUCGCGAUAAACUAAGAAAUCUUUUGCGACGAAAAAUUACUUACAGGCUUUUUGUGACAUCUUCGCUUUUUACCAAAAAUUCUGUGACAGGGACAAAAUAUAGUCCUAAUCUUGAAUUUCAUUGAAUAGUUCUUGGGCUACAUAUGUUUAUGUUUAUGAUUUUCACCUGCGUUUGUAUUGUCUGUGAUUUUACCAACACUCGAAACACCGACUGCGUGCAAUUUUCCUCAAGUCGACGAUUUUUCCUUCCUUGAACAAUUUAACUCCAAAGAUCUGACUGAUAAUUCUUCCCUUUAGCUGCCACACAUUUCCUUGUAAAUUAGCUACGAGAAUCUGGUGUCAGAUCAAGAUAACAAUCUCUAUCUGAUUAGUUUGUGUAUUCUCAUUACCUGUUUGCUGGAUUAUGUUAUGAGGCGAAGUUACAUGUGAAUCACUUCUGGGAAUUUAAGGGUGAAUGGUCGGCCAGAGAGCCAUUUCUGUUUUCGAACUUUCACCGGACCCAUUUAAGUUCCCUGAGCUGGCUGAUUGGUGCGGUCGACGACAAAAUCAAUUCUAGACGUGUGGUGGAAAUAUUAUUCAACAAAUUGAUUUUGUGUACAUUUGUUCAGAGCCCAGCGUCGCGACGGAGGCCGUCAAUUUAUGGAAUCACAUCAAGUCCAGUAAAAGGAAAGACGACAGAAACUCCUGCGGGGAAAGAGAAUCAAACGAAGACGACCAAGAAGAUUCCUCUAGAAGUUGACUCUGGUGCGAGCAGCGCUGCAAGUAGUAAAACAACGACACCUGAUUCAGCCGUCGGUAAUCCUAAGGAGAAGGAGAAUAAAGGUGCUUAGCUCAGAAGUCCGUUUUACUUUAUGUUUUGUCUGAAGUGUCAGCUUUGUUCACGGCCCAAGUUAGUCGAAGACUGUAUUUAAAAACCAUGCAGAAGUAACAACAACGCAUAAAUUUGCCUAGUCAGUAUUGUGGAUGUGAACGGGAAGACGAAAUAAACUUGAAACUCUUCGAAAUUACUCUACGUCAAGCAUGGCGCCUUCGGGGGUAUAAUAAUAAUACUAACUUCUGCUUUAAAUUUCAUGUUCAUCCGAAAUCGUUUGUGUAAGUGAAGCUUUUCCUUCUGGUACCGUUCCUAAGUUUCUUUACUUGAAACGUCAAUGUUUUGUGUCGUGUUCGACUUUAACAGAGCCAAGGGGAAUCUUGGGAAAGGAAAACAGUAAGCCAAUCCCAGUGAAGAAAGUGCCGUUACACAGGAGUGUUAGCUUCACGGAGCCUGAGCACGAGCGAAAAGUUGACAAACAAAUUGGACGCUGUAAGUCAGCUGCCACCCUGGAAACCAUGUUGGGUUUUGGAAGCGAUUCAGGUGAGUGCUGUAGAUCACGUUUUCCUGAAUUCGUCUCAGACCAAGACUGAGAAAGGAGAGAGUCCCCUUUCUCUCUCUUUGUCUGAUCGUCGGUCUGUGUUUUUGGACGGCUUUUUUGUCUCCAGGUUCGGCUACCGGUCUAUAAAGAAAUUUUCAAAUCCUUACUUUUACGGCAAACGGUAAGAAUUGACUUUCAGUAUUCAGCCGCUUGGUACUGGAACGAAAAUGUUUGCUUUUGUUGUGUAGGGUUGAUGUAGGAAUUAUAAGAAAAGUGAAUGAAAUAAGGUUUAGUUUUGCAAGGUGCUGUCGCCCUAAUGUCAUGCAUGAAGUCCCAAUGGUUAAAAUAAGUGGAAUAAUAUGAGCUUAUUAACUCCUAUAUUAAAUUCUACCCCUCAAAUUGAACAAAACGUGACCAAUAUUGUUACACCCAAAUUGCACAAAAAAAGUCCUAGGCCUAUUCCCAUAGCAGGAUUACCUGCCUACUGAGAGAUGCUAAACCGUUUCUUCUCGCUUGCAGACCUUUCUGAUUUUGACGCGGCCCUUGGCCGAGCGCGCUUAACUGGUUUUCCAGAGUCACCCAGCCGCACAGCCAUGUUCGACUUGGAGGCCAGCGACACAGAAGGCAGCCCCUCUUCCUCCUUGGAGGGUCGUUUUGACUUCCCUGCAACUCCAGUAACUGAGGACCUGUCCAAACAGUUUCUCACUAUGGACCCUGAAGAAGAAGAUAAAAUGAUGAAGACAGCGGCAAGCGAGAUCGCUAAAAGUCUUGAUUUACCGGUACGAAAAUUGCCAUCAGGGGAAUACAAUAGUUGUCGUGUAAAAUUAUGAAGUGCGACGUUAUUGAUGUGUUGUCGCGGCCGUUCCUCGGCCCGUGGACCACCUUCGGGGAGGGGUGGUGGGGUGGAAUGUUUUUCCCCAACUCGCAUUCAUCCAACAUGGCAGCCACAAUUUUCGAUAUUAUUUUACCUCCUGGAAGUUUGCUAAUAAAUGAAAAAUACUGACCUGCGUCAUUGGCUCAUCACUUUUAACUUCAUUCGCACGAUAUUCAACCAGGCAUGCAUGUGUUACUAGCUGAGUAUUGAAUUUUUUUGUUGGUUUUUUCAGGACUCCUCACUACUGGAAGGACUUCUUUCAGUUGCAUGUAUUCCUUCUGGAACGGUCCUUAUCAAACAAGGGGACGUGGUGAGUGAAAUUUAAUUUUGUUCCUUCUGUCUGAAACCCCUCUUUUUAUUUUACUUUAGUUUCUUCGUUGAAAACUGUCCGAUAGAAUUCCAACAAGGCCCGCUUUUCUCACCGACAGGAUUGCAGUUUGUAUUUCGUGGUGACCAACUCCUUGGAAGUAACACAGAAGAGUCUCAGUGGCGACCAAGAGGUAAUUAACACGUUCAGUCUGUUGUGGGUAUGGUUGUUUGUACCUAUCGCCUUUUGCGUUAGUGAUCUACAGAGUCUAAGGUAUAAGCGUCCCCCCCAAAUGCAUUCGUCUGUUUUUCCUCUAAGUUUGGUGUUACCAAUUUGUACUCCCGGGUGGAUAAAGACAUUGUGAGAGUAAAGUUUUUUGCCUAAGAAUACAGCAAAAUUAUCAAGGGGCUGUCCCUGAUUCCAUCUAGGUGAGUGUUUCUCAAAAAAAGAAGAAAGAGAAUUAUCUUCCAUACAUUCCAUACAUUUUAUUUGCUUUUGGUCUUAAAUUUUAUUCUCAGUACCACCUGUACACGGCCCUCCCCGGUGAGUUUGUUGGCGUCUUGGCAGUUGUCACUGGAGAACCUUCCUUCUUCAAUGUCAAGGCAACCAAGCAAUGUCACGUGGUUAUAAUCAGCAAGGCCAACUUUUACAAGUAAGUAACAAGAAUGACUUGGUUGGAAACUUUUGACUUUAGUGUCCAUUUUAUCUCAGCUCCAAAUGAUGUCUCGGUGUUUUCGAGGUAAGGAAUUGGGUACAGAUUGAUACUUCCACCUCACUCCCUUGCUGUUUGCCUCGAAACUCGUAUCCAAUUCUCUCACGGUUCUUUCAGAGUACAACGUUCAAGCUUUUCGGGGGUGGGGAGAACAGCUGACUUCUUCCACCCUACCCAAUAACUCUUGGUUUCCUUUACUCUCUGGCUCAUUUCUUUCGUGAUUCUAUUUACUUAUCAUCAAACUAAAAUCAGUAAAAUACGAGAAAAAAUUUUAACAGACAGAUUGAACAUGAUCAGGUCACUGAGUAAUCUCAGCCUGAUUACCGAAGCCAGUUAUUGGACGGUGAUAAUGAUUUCGCGAUGUGUGAUAUGAGGUUGCAUGAGUUUUUGAGAUGCCCAUGGGUCUUUUUGUCAGCGGCUGGGUUCACUUCAUAAACCUAUUCAUUUCUUUUCUUCUUCUUUAUCGUGUGACGAGGUCAGGCGCUCCAUGAGCCAAGAUUUAUCACCGAUUGUGUAUCGCUGGUUAAUAAUCAAAUUCAGAAUGUUAUGUUUUAUUGUUUGCCAACAAGGAAUCGGAAUCAGUACUUCCGACACGGAAACAUCUGAUUGAUUUCUCGCCCCAAGCUUUCGGUAGCGCAGAUUAAAGUGCCGCUCAGUAGCGACUUUUAAAAAAAAACGUUAUGAGCAUUUUGAACAAACGUUAUUGGCAAAGAGUUCCCAAGAAAAAGAGUUUGCCCGUCUCUGUUUUUCUCAUCGCGGAAUUUUUUUUUUUUUUUCUUUUUGCUUCGUACGUGCCAUUCAAGGUCGUCUUAACGACUCAUUCGUCUGUGGACCUCCGGUCAUUCUACCUGACUGUUUAAAAACAUCAACGUCAGAUUCAUGUCUGGCGUUUUAACACUUUAGUCGAAUGACCACCGCCAUUAGGUAAAUGUUUGCCAAUUCUAAGAGCCGAUGUCCGCAAGUUGUCAAAGACGUGCUCAGAAAACAGACAAAAAAAAAGGCCCAACCAUUGAUUUCAGCAUUACUUGAUAACGCAUUUGUGAUAUUUAUAGCAGGGUUUUGUCCGAACGGUUGUAAUCAGCAUAUCUUUCAAUCACUAACCGGACUGAAUUUUAAAAUGAAAGAUAAUCUCGUCGAAGCUGUAGAAUAAUUUGAUUAGGAUGCGUCAUUAUAGCGUAGACGCUCUUACGAUUUAUGAUACAAAAUAUAUUUGUUGUGUAUUUUUUGCUUACAGAAGUUAAAAUAAGAGGAGGUCUGAAGACAGAAACUAAGAUUUAGUGAAAUAAAUGAGUUAUCUUGUAAGCUAGUUAAAUUUUACUUGAAAAAUAAGCUUUUAUGAUACAUAUCCCGGGUUAAGAAAAAAUGCAGCAAAUAAGAUUUUAAACGAGGGAAUGGCUGGUUUCUACUUCACGUCCACUCUUUUCGCAGCUUUUUUUCGUAAAGAAAUUCGUUUCGUUGCGAAAGCGCGUUUCAUUCCCUUCCUGAAUUCGUCGUUUCGUAGUGAAUAUAACCAUGGAUUUAUUCCGGAUGAAGAGAACGCUAUUAGCUCGACCCAUAGCCACACUGAACGCAUUUGUCGCUUCAAGCAAUGAUCACUCGUUGUCAAAUGGAUAAAGGACGUAACUAGACUUGGUAGCCACGAGAUGAUAAACAACGCUACGACAAAGCCUACCGUGGUAGCUGUCUUUCGGUUCCGAACUCCCUCGAUGACGAGCUCUACGCCUCGCUGGACGUUGUGCUUCGCAAUUAUUACAUAUUUUUUUUUGGCAACAUCCAAAAUCCGGUAGUAGCAAAAAAUGAUUAAAACCAUCGGGAUAAGAAUUGUCACUACCGUCACACACAUCCAUAGUGCCGGCAAAUUUGCAGGGUUUGUAACAAAGAUCCUUGAAAGUCCAAACGCCAGAGAUGCCAGCCAUACAAAUACUACCGCCAUGCAGCAUCUUCUUGUUGUGACGAUCUGAUUGUACAGAAGAGCCGACCGUACUGCGAUGUACCUGUCCAAGCUCACAAUACACAAGCUAAAUGUUGUGGUUACACUCGUUUGAAUCCAUAGCGAGUCGAUGGCGAUUUUAAACGGAUUAUGAUACGGACGCCGUGGUAAGACGCACCUUGCGAUCCACAGUGGAUCAAUGAGUAGCCCCACUAAAAGAUCCGCCGUUGCUAACGAGCUCAGUAGAAGGUUGGAAAAAGUUCUGAUAGUGCGAGCUUUGUAGAUAACCCAAAGAAACACUACGUUUCCAAGGAUGGCGGGUAGCGCUACCACGCCGUAUAAUGAAGCCAGAGUAAUCGAUGUAGAAAACUUUAGUUCUGUUCCAAAACAGGGAUUCGCCAUCUUCUAUUGAUCCAACUUCAUUUUAGACUGGUCGAUGUUUCAGUUAACGCGAGACCACCUGCCAAGUUGAGGAAUUGAGCGCCUGACUGUGGAAAUGACACCCUUUUCUCUCAGCGCUUUCUGUUUUCUUUGAUUAACACGGUUCGAAUAAACCGUCUUGAACGCUUAAACUGCCCAGUCUUUAGUCUGACUUAAAAUAUCUUUUCCUGCAAACAUGAAAGGCAAACAGGGUUCCAGCUGAUACCUUCCGUCUAUAACACGCUGCAGAAUUUCGUCCCCACAGAACUCAUUUAGUUGCGUCUUGUUGGCGUUUUUCGCUCAAUGAACUCUUUAAAACUGGCGUUGGCGUGGGUGUUUUUCGGUUAAGUAAAAAAAAAAAAAACUCGAUCAUGAUUUCCAUAUAAAGACGUCACAGUGAAAAAAAGGGCCCAUUAACAUCUGCUUAACUAGUCACACGCUGGGGUUUCGCUCUCCGAAAAUUCACAGGUAGCCAUAUUUCUUCCUGAACAGAACAUACUGUGUUAUAUUUCUUCCUUUCGAUUGGAAAUACACGAGUGUUUCGUUUUUUAUUUAACAAGAACAGAUCACUCGAUAAAGCUAACAAGAUACGAGUUCGACGUGCUAAGUGGCUCCUAAAGAAAGGGUUUUGCUUUGAGGUUUUAUUCUCAAAAUUCAUAUUUGGAAUCUUUCCUUUGAAGAAAACUUAGUUUCAUAUGUUUUCCAUUUUAAAGAUUAUAUUCCAGCGUUUCCUUCCCACAUUUACGCGAGAACGUGUUGCUUAAAAUAGAUCAAUAAAUUUCUGAGAAAGUUGCACAAUGGCUUUUAAAUGAGUGAUGACACAUUGGGAUUUCAAUCUCAAAAUUCAUGGUUUGAAUCUUAUCUGAAAUUACGCCCUCACACUUUUUUCCAAGAGUGCAGCACUUAUAUUUUAAACAGUACAAUUUUCAGUGAGAUUUGCUGAGUAGUAUUUAUUGGGCACCGAGUCAUUUCAAUAAAAAAUGUCUUGUUGGAAAUUUUUCCUCAGCAUAAUGAAAAGUGCCAAGUUAAUCCCAUUUAAAUGAUGUUCCGACAUUAGUGCCUCACUCUAAGAUUGGCAUAAUGGACGGUAUGGCACUCAGUGUUAUAUAGCGAAUGGAGAGCGCCUUACUUCUUGACACCGAAUCCGUUCCUCGUAAAGGGCGUAAAGGUCCUUUGUAGGAUGAAAGUCCAACUUUGACUCGAUUAAAGUGAAAAACAUCUAAUCUUUUUUUAAUUCAAUAAUAAUUUUGUGCGUUUUGUUGUAACGGACGUUUCAAAACGUGAGAUGAGAAUGAGUAAGAUUACUCGCAGACAGACGGGUUGACAGACAGUUAUACAGUUACACUGACUGACUGACUGAUAGAUUAACUGAUGAUUGAUAGACUGAUUGACUUCCUGAUUGAUUGAUUGAUUGACUGAUUGAUUGAUUGACCGAUUGAUUGACAGAUUGAUUCAUUGAUUGAUUUAAUUCUGUGUUUCAGCGUUAUUCGUCACAAGCCCAGAGUCAUUCUGAACGUGGCUCAUUCCCUUAUUGGUCAUCUUUCUCCUUUCCUGAGACAAAUCGACUACGCUUUGGAUUGGAUGCAUGUUGAAGCCGGUAGAGCAGUUUACAGGUACACUUGUUGCAUAUAACAGGUUUUUUUUUUUUUAAUUAAGCACGUGUGUUCAGAGCUCAUGACCGACAUUAGUGCUUUACUUUUUUAAGUCUCGGUUACGCGAUGAACGACUUCUCGCUGUCUGUUGAAGUUUGUGGCGUAAACUCCCUUUUUAACCUUGCAUUUUUCCUUGCAUUUUUUCUUUCAGUUUGUAUUAGAUUUUGGUCGGCAAGCGUAUUCACGAUUCUGUGCAUGCGUUGUUAGUUUAUGCAAACCGCGAUAUUUCUUUGGCGUACUUUUAAAGGAAAGUGAAUCCACGUAUUCUGUAAAUUGUAUUUCAGGCAAGGAGAACAAUCGAACUGUAUUUAUAUUGUGUUAAAUGGCCGCCUUCGUUCAGUUGUGACGUCAAGCAAUGGCAAGAAAGAACUCGAUCGCGAGGCUGGCCGCGGAGAACUGGUGGGAGUGGUGAGUAUCGUCCACUUACGUCAUGUACACAAUUGUCACGAAUCUCGUUCCCAGGGCAUUUGCCUCUUCUACCUACAUGGAUAGGAUUGUGAAUAUUGAACAAGGAGACUCAAAAGCCCCGUGUGAAUCCCAAAGAUUCAAACCCUUUUAAACUAUUUCUAGAUUAUUCCCUGCUUUAGAAAACUCCAAGGAAUUUUUAUCACGUGAACAUCGCAUCGUAAGUUUAUUUGUUUUCCACGCGAUUUUACGUGUUUUAUUCGCUAUUCCCACGCGAAGGCCAGAUACAUUUGACUAUUCAAAGGAUUCGUUCUCUUUUCUUCCUGAUUUUGGUGAAAGGGAUCGUAAAUGCUGUUGUUGGUAGACUAGCAGAAAAAAAACUCUCGUUUAUUGAUAGAAUUUCCGACUUUCGCGUUUUUACCUUUCAAAUUUCUGUUGUUUUACCAUAUUUAGUUCACCCCACUGACAUCCCCCUAUCUAACUUCAUAAAGGGUCUCGCAUACUAGAACAGUCCAGGCAAAGCUAUUCACUCGAUAGCAUGGUCGAUGUUGUUAAAAACGAAUCUUACCACUCUGCCGCUUUUGACAUACUUAUGUCAAUGAUGUAGGUUUAUUCCUUGUUUAUAGGUUGAAGUGCUGACACAAGCUCGGAGGGCGACAACAGUUCAUGCUAUUCGGUUUGUAGAUCCUUUUGUAUGUAUGAUUCCAUGAAGGGCUGUUUAUUUUCUACAGAUACAUCUAAAUUCCUUUCGAAGGCAGCGAUUGCGAUCGUAUACAAUACAAAUACAACAAAAGAAUUGAAACAAAAACAAAAAACUGAACUACAUUAAGAAAUUAAUUCACCAAUGUAACAGAUCAAAAUAAAUGAAGUGUGUUCAAGUGCUAUCUGUACUUUUAUUAAUCGGAUGUCACUGAAAAUAAGUUUUCUAAUUAUGUUGUCUGACGUAUGGUUGACAUCAGCCCAUAAAAUGUUUGGGUGACGUCUCGACAACCUGAGCAGUAGUCAUCAUGGAUCAAUGUCAGUAUUUGAGAAGCUGCGCACCUACCCCUCCCCUAACCUUAGCAGUUGCUCAGAUUCUGACAUUGAUCCGUAUUGGAUCAAUACUGAUACAGACAUUAAUCCGUCAUCGCCGGAGUCACCUUAUUUUAAUGAUGACUUCCGUUUAAGUCGUCGAGUCGUCAGACAUUGUCAAUGGCAUCAGUCCUUUUCAGGACUACGCUCAAGCAGAAGAUUUGACCUCAAUAUCAAUUUUUACCAUCAAACCAUCUAUUAAAGGAUGGUUGUUUUUAGUAGUUGCAACCACUCAAUAGGUAUAAAAACCGUCAGUUUAGCUCUCAAGACUGCAACUGAGGUAUUUUGUAAACUCGUGCUUAUUGGGCCUGUUAUUUAAACAAAAUUUAGCCGUUGUUUCUCGAAACAGCGUUGUAAGCCAUCUUCGAUUGAGCAGAACCUUUUAGCUGAACAUCUACUUUGGUGAACAUUGUUAAGAGAGCCGAAAACUAACAGUGGAAGGACAUUUAUUUAAUUAAAUCAACCCUUUUAUAUAGAAUCUCUAAGGCCCACUGCGUGCGUAAAGCCGCGGUAUAGGUUAGACCUCGUGAAAAUAACCGGUCUUUCAUGUUUCCACACACAGGGACACUGAGCUGGCAGUUCUUCCCGAUGGGUUGUUGAACACAAUCAAGAGACAUUUCCCUCAGGUAAACUUGUAAUUAUCGUUUAACUAAAUGACCAACACCGUUCUAUUCUGCUGGCAAUUGUAUCUGUGCAAUGUACUUUAUAGCCCAUGCUGUCCUCUAAGACUUAACAACAUGCCUAUUUUUUCUACUUUCAAGUGGGAUUUAUAAUCAUCUCCUAAAGAAAGAAAUCGUAAAAACGUUUCAGUUUGGUUUCUCUUUCUUUUACAGGUAGUUACUCGUCUGAUUCAUUUACUUGGUGAACGGCUGCUGGGACAGUACAGACGAAGUUACGCAAGAAGCGAAACAUUGCUUGGUAUGAAGAUACUUCUUUACUGUGUUGUGAAGCGUACGUGUGAGAACGAAGAUAAAAAAGUUAAAAGUAUUGUUCACAGCACCGAAGUUACUAAUCAACGGCAAAUUCUAAUCAUCUCAGCAGAUUGGACAGUCUGGUCAACUCUUGAAUGUUACUUUUUGAUUUUGUAAUAAACUCUUUGAGCGCUUUGACCAAAAAUAAAUACCUAAAGAGGCAUUAGUUUGUUCAUUUCCAGCUUCACUAAUUUACUGGAUUUGGUUGUACGUUCGACUUUUGAUCUCUUCGUUCCGUUCUCCGUUGUUGGGUCGAAUAAUCGUUUGCGUGUUCGUAUCGUGAUGGUUGCCGUACUUGUUCUUAGAUUGUCUUGGUUAGUGGUUAGCGAUUUUGCUUCCUUCUGUGCUGGGGUGUUUUACACACACAAGGAAGCAUUUUAGAUCUAUGUUUGUAAGAUGCUUGGAAUACUCUUUUCAACUCAUAUGGUAAACACGUUUUGAUACACAGAAAAUCACCUCCCGGUUGAUAAUCAGAUAUUCGGAGGCUCAAAUCUCGGCACAGUUGCCAUCAUCCCUGCGUCAGAGGAUGUCCCAGUCUCAAACUUCUCAUUUGAACUCAGCUUAGCUCUUCAUACUAUCGGUAAGUACAUAAUGAAGGAGAAGUUGGUUUUGCUCCACCAUACUCUCUGAUUGGACAGCAAAUUUCGCGCCAAAACUGAAAGCAAUCGCGACAUGGUCACUCUUGUUUUCCCGCGCUUAAGGCAGUUUGCUUGUUCUACAUCGAGUUCUCAUUGGCCGCUUAUGAUGUUUUUCGGCCAGUGUAAUUACCUUGAUUGUAGGUUUACGGUACUCGGUCGAAGUGACAUAUAGAAAGUAAGCCAGUGGACUGAAUUGCUACAUACAGAUGGUCUUAUUCCAAAGGUUAAAGUUAUUUUAAAUUUUAGGAAUAACUAGAAAAGAUGUUCAGGGUCAACACCGGAAAGACUGUUACUCUAAAACCAUCACAAAAUCUUGGAGUGUGGGUUUGCUAUUCACCUGCAUGCAGGUUUACUGAUUUGGAAUUUGUUUGUUUGUUUGUUUCAGGCCCCACCUUGUUGCUGACCAGUUCAUUGGUCCGAAGCAGGCUUGGUAGCUCAGCGAUGGACAGGUAUUGAACGGCUUGGAAACUUUUUCGUGGCAAGUGUGUUCUUCAAGAAAGAAACGUUCUUUGUUUCAUUCGGAAAUGAAAGUUUAUCGACGACAGCAGCGGGAGUAGAAUUUAAUCUUUCUUGGUCUAAAUUAUUAAAUUCCCAAAGAGUGUGUGGGAGGGGGGGUUUAACCACAUUUUUCCCUGAACAAGUAUUUUUGUUCAAAAAUUUCAUUUCGCCGUUCGGAAAGGGCGACUUUUCUCUGAGGAAAUCUUUUAUGUAUUUGAGUGCUGCGUUGGAAAGGAAUCGUGCUAAUGAAAAUUUGGCCCAAUAAAUGUUAUUAUUAAAAGUAGAAUUUCCUUUUGCGUAUUAUUUAACCUUCUUCUGUUUUGUGUUCCUAGCAUGAAUGAAUACCGUUUGUCCAGCUGGCUUGGACAACAAGAGGAUCUUCAUCGUAUUGUGUUGUAUCAAGCUGAUACAUUUAUGUCUGCCUGGACAAAACGCUGUAUAAGACAGGUAGAAUGUCAGAAAGAAAUUUUUUAUUUUAUUUAUUUAUGUAUAACGAUUUAAAACGCCAAUGUGGUCUUAUAGAAAAUCGAAAAAAAAGCAAUAUAGAUAAUGGUAAAAAAGGCGUUUUUUUUAUAUUAGUCCUAUUCUGUGGAACUUGUAUUUAGCGUUCACCCUUUAUUAAGUGGUCACCCUUUAUUGAGUGGUCACCCUUUAUUAAGUGGUCACCCUUUAUUGAGUGGUCACCCUUUAUUAAGUGGUCACCCUGUAUUAAGUGGUUACCCUGUAUCAAGUGGUCACCCUGUAUUAAGUGGUCAUCCUGUAUUAAGUGGUCACCCUGUAUUUAGUGGUUACCCUGUAUUAAGUGGCGACCCUGUAUUAAGUGGUUACCCUGUAUUCAGUGGUCACCCUGUAUUCAGUGGUCACCCUGUAUUCAGUGGUCACCCUGUAUUAAGUGGUCAACCCGUCAUUCCCCUAGCUUUUAUCAACUUAGUUGAUCAAACCGAAUUAUCUUGUUAUACUCCCACCGACGCAGUUCUUCAGUUUCUUCAGAAACGUACCUCCUUUACUUGUAAUGAAUCAGAUGUUGUUGAUUUUUAUUCAACUUUUGCACUGGCAGGUUUUCAGUUUGAAGUCCGAACGGUUUUUAGCUUAGUAUUGAGGUUGAAAUUAGUAUUCUUCCGAAAUAGACACUGAAGUACGAUGGUGGUCACUGGGGUUGGUAAAAAACCUUAAGCGCCUUAAUAGGAAUUAGAAUUAAGCAAAUUGAAAGCUACGGAAAUUUUUAGAAGCCGCGAAGGUCAGGUGAAUGUGACUCCCAGCGAAAAACAUGAACUGACUUUGACGCACGGGAAUGAUAAAAUGACAAACUGAACAAUAGGCAGUGUGUGAAAUGACACCGCAGCUUCUAGUGGCGUGCCUGAGGGCAUGGCUAAUUAAAAAUUUUUUAAAUAUCUUGACCACAAUUAGUAUUAAGAAAACUGAACACUUUGCCGAUACCCUUUACUAACGUUCAGCAAAUGGCUUCAAAUCUUGGAAAUUGGCAAUUUGGAAAAUAUUGAAAACUUCACCAGGACUCUUAAUGGAAGUUCGACGAGCGUCUCAAAAACUUGAAGAAGUUUAUAUUUCAUAGACACAUGGACAAGUAAACAAGGAAUAAGUCAAUGAACCGUCACAAAGAAUUCAAUAGAGCAUUUGUGAGAAUAUUGAGAAAUGAUAGUCAGUCCCAAGCAAUCGAUUUUUAUUUGUUUUGGCGAAACUCUCUUAGAAAAUAGUUAAAGGUUCCAUCAACUUAGUUACGGGAAAAAUUUUAAAAAGUUUGUAAUUUCGGCUUAUCCUCGGUUCUCACCUAAUUAGAUAUGCAAAUUUUUGUGUUUCUUUCAGCGGGGCUGUCCUGGUGUACCGGUACACGGGGGAAUUCCUAUUGUUUUCAUAUCCAUACAUGGAGUCGUAACGCAGUUCGUUAAUGUUUCGUUCCAUUGUGUACCGGUACACGAGGACACAACCCUUUCAGCGUUCACCAGAAACAAAAACUAUCUUAAAAACAUGACUUUGCAUACGUGAUAUGCUAUCCUUCUAUAUUAAGAUGAUGUGAUUAUCAUUCGCAAAUUGUCUUUGCAACUUCUGUAAAUCAUCCUACUUUCGUUUGCCUGAGGGGUGAGGAGGUAUUCCGGCAUUGGGAACACGGAACUUAUCUUGGUCUUCCAUGGUGUUGAAGUCCAUGCCGGCACUGCGUUUUCCCUGCGGGGGAAGAACGAACUUAUCUUGGUCUUCCACAGUGUUGAAGUUGAUACCAUUAGUGUGUGUGCCCGGGGGAAAACCGAACUUAUCUUGGUCUUCCACAGUGUUGAAGUCAAUGCCGGCACUGCGUUUGCCUGGGGUAGGAAUAAACUUAUCUUGGUCUUCCACAGAGUUGAAGUUUAUGCCGGCGAAACGUUUGCCCCUGGGAGGUGCAAACUCAUCAUGGGCUUCUACACCGUAGAAGUUGUCGCUUCCCUAUAAUUUGAUUUCAAAAAAAAGAAAAAACUAUUGUUAAAAGACAAAUUGGCAUCUAGCAAGAAUUUUCAUUGUAGGUGUUUUUUUUUUACUUAUUUGAACGUUGAAAAUGAAUGGAAAUAAUAUAUUAGCACAAGCCACACAGUAAAAGUUAUAAUAAGCCAAUUGAUCAUUUCUUAUUCCUUUUGGCGGUCUUAUCUUACAGGUAUAAUUUAGCACGCUCGACACCUCUUUUACUUAGAGGUGACUUAAGGUGUAAACAUGUAGUAAUUUUCAUCUUCCGCACUGAAUUUAUAAUCAGGUAAUUUAUACGCAUAGCACGUAGCUCUUUUGGGGGCGGUACCUUGGGUACGCCCUUUCUUCUCCGAAUUUUCUGUUUGUUCUGUCGUUAUGUGACAGUCUUCGAGGACCAUUUUCUCUCAGGAUAUUUCCUCAACUUUGAUUUUAAUUCUGUUAGUAAGUUUAUUAUAAUUUUUAUAUUAUCAAUCUGGUUUUUGUUUCGCUCGACCUUGACCGUAAGACUAAGAAAUUUAAGUUAGAAAGUCAUUUUGUAAAGUGUAAACAUCGCGAAGGUAUCUACUUAGUAUGCGAACUCCGCUCUGCAUAGAUUAGCGUGAUUCGCUAGUUAAGUGUAAAAGUAUGACGAAGGUUAGAGAUUGACAGCACAGUAAGCGUCACCUUUAUAUGCGGUGACCCACACUUUCCUAGAGAGACCAGAGCCAGUCCCCGUUGUAUUGACUUGCGUAAAAAAAGAGAGAAUAAAAGAAAUAGUCAACUGAUCGACGAGUGUUAGGAAAUUACUUCUAACACUAUAGAGCAUCUUUCUAGUGAAACAAGUCAAAACAGCGAUCUUACCAGAUGAAUUUAAGGACAGGUCACGGUGGUUAGAUUUCUUACCUCUUCGUUGAGUGAUGCCCGUUUAAAACGCUUAGAAUCCAUUGUUGGAAUUGCGAUGAGGACAAAGAGGAGCGAAAUCACCAAAGGGAACUUCAUUUCUUUAAAUUUUCGUGCGACCUGGUACAAAUGAAAAUAAAAACACGUUUUUUUUGUAACGAGCUUACAUCUCGCUGGGUCGCUUGAGCGCACUCAACAGGAUUUCUAGUGGCGGUACACAUCUAGCCGCGUAAGACGCAACAUUGUGUCAAAAGGAACGACAAGAGUUGAUAUGCUCUUUGUUUAUUAGUUUUCAUGUAAGUUAACUAUAUAGUCAUUCAGCCGUGACACGACCAAGACUUCAGGCCUUCGUGAAAUUUUAUAAACGUUUAAAGAAAGAUUUUAAGCAUAAUGCUCGAGUUUAGGACAAGGAGAAAAGACCUGAGUAGUUAUUGAGGAUUCUGAACCGCCCGGACCGUCACGGUUUUCGGAUAUUUUACUAACUGAGCGAUAGUCGAUGGCGAACAGUAUUGUUUGAAGCAUUUUUAAGUUAGAGUCGAAACACUUAAAGACGUCAUGAACAUACAAGAGCUUGACGAUGCCCAUGAUCCGAUGAUCUCCUAAACUUCCCAAAUUAUGCUUGUUAUUAAACCUUUCUUACCUUUCGAUCCUGUACUUCAAAGCUUCUAGCUAAAAUUUUAUCUCAACUCAGUUCUCGUCGACGAAUAUUUGGUCCUUGUGAGAGAACAAAGUCUUUACAUGUGCAGGAGAGAAACACGCUCGCGUUGCGUAGCGGGACCAAAUAACGCUGGAAGAAGACUAAAGGGAGUGUUCUCGCUCUGGUUCAAUGAUAUUGUAAUUUUUGUUUACUUAACAUGGUUUUUAAUUUAACAUGCCUAAUAUGCUUAAAUGCUUUUCAAGUCCCGGCCGUCCUUGAACUUGAAAGAGUCUUAAGGUCUGAAUUGUCGAUAUAAGUUUCGGUGUUCUAUUAUAAGAUAUCAUCAGAAAACUAUGGAAGUGGAUUCUUAAAUGAUGUGAGAUGUCUGAGGGACACUUGCAUUGCGGACCGUAAAUGAUCACAUUUUGGCCACCCCUGACUGGUGUUCAUUGUUAGGGUAAUUAUGCAAAAAUGAAGUUUCUGUGACAGAGAAAUGAGAUUGCAAGCGUGACUCAGUUUUGGAGGGUGGUUUUAAGACAUUUUCAAAUUGCUCCUUUACCUAAAGGCGAUGUCACUGACACAGACUGUGAACAAAUCACUUUUAAUGAGCGAAUGGCUAACGAAAGGCUAACGCUUGAAACUUUAGCCGUAGAAAAUCUUUACAGUGGUCAAUUUGCAUUAUAUAUCAACUUAGUUGAUCAAACCGAAUUAUCUAGUCAUACCCCCCACCGACGCAGUACUUCAGUUUCUUUAGAAACUUUCUUUACAAACUCCUCCUCUACUUGUAAUGAUAAAUUUUUGUUGAUUUUUCGUCCGAACGGUUUUAGCUUAGAAUUGAAGUUGAAAUUAGUAUUCUUCCUAAAUAGACACUUAAUUUCAAUGGUGGUCACAGGGGUUGGAAAAGAACCGUAAGCGCCUUAGUAGGAAUUUGAAUAAUGGCGUGACUGAUGGCAUGGCUAAUUAAAAUUGUUAAAAUAACUUGACAUGAAUUAGUAUUAAGAAAAGUGAACACUUUGCCCAUACACUUUACUGAUGUUCAGCAAAUGGCUUCAAAUCUUAGAAAUUGGCAAUUUGGAAAAUAUUGAAAACUUCACAAGGACUCUCAAGGGAAGUUCAACAAGCGUCUUAAAAACUUAAACAAGGAAUAAGUCAAUGAACCGUCACAAAUUCAAUAGAACAUUUCUGAGAAUAUUGGGAAUCGAUGCAGUGUUAGUGUUGAAGAUGAUACCAGCACUGCGUUUGCCUGCGGGAGGAAGAAAUUUAUCUUGGUCUUCUACGGUGUUGAAGAUGAUGCCAGCACUGCGUUUGCCUGUGGAUGAAAGAAAUUUGUCUCGGUCUUCCACAGUGUUGAAGUUGAUGCCAGCAAUGCGUUUGCCCGGGGGAAGAAUAACUUAUCUUAGUCUUGCACAGUGUUAAAGUUGAUGUUGGCACUGAUUUUUCUUGGUGAGGAAUUAACUUAUCUUGGCCUUCCAUGGUGUUUAAGUCCAUGACGGCGCUGCGUUUGCCUACGGAAGGACUUAACUCGUGUUUAUUUCAGCGGUCACCAGAAACAUAAAAACUAUCCCAAAAAAACAUGUCUAUGUGUACGUGAUGCUACUUUAAGAUGAUGUGAUUAUCGUUAGAAAAUUCUAUUUGCAACCUCUUUAAAUCAUCCUACUUUCGUUUGUGGGUUGUAUUGGAGGACCGAAACUCAUCUUAAUCUUCCUUAGUGUUGAAGUCUAUGCCAGCAUUGCGUUUGCUUCUGGGAGGACGGAACUUAUUUUGGUCUUCCACAGUGUUGAAGUCGAUACCGGCAACUUGUAAUUUAGGUCGUCCACAGUGUUGAAAUUUAUAUCAGCGAUACGUUUGCCUAUGGGAGGUCUAAACUCAUCAUGGGCUUCCACACUGCAGAAGUUGCCAAAAAAGAAAAAAAAGUAUUAAACAUCCACCAAGAGAAACAAGUCCAAACAGCGGUCUAGCUCGGUCUUACCAGAUGAAUUUAAGGACAGUCUACGGUGGUUAGAAUUCUUACCUCUUCGUUGAGUGGCCCCCACUUCGCAGGCUUAGAAUCCAUUGUUGGAAAUGCGAUGAGGACAAAGAGGAGCGAAAUCACCAGAGGGAACUUCGUGUCUUUAAAUUUUCGUGCCACCUGGUACAAAUGCAAAUAAAAACUAGUUUCUUUUGUAAUAAGCUUACAUCUUGCUGGGUCGCUUGAACACACCCAACAGAAUAAGUGCUGGCAGGACACAUCUAGCUGCGCAAGACGUAACACUGGGUCAAAAGGGAACGACAAGAUUUGAUAUGCUCUUUGUUUAUAAGUUUUCCUGUAAGUAAAGUACUCAAUUAUUCAGCAGUAGUAUAACCAAUACUUCAGGCCUUCGUGAAAUUUUAUAAACGGUUAAAGAAAGAUUUUAAGCAUAAUACUCGAGCUUGGGAUAAGAAGGAAAGACCUGAGUCUUCAUUGAGGAGUCUGAACUCGGAUCGUCACAGAUUUACGGUGGGAUACUUUACUAACUGAGCGACAGUCGAUGGCGAACAGUAUUAUUUGAAGCAUUCUUAAGUUAGAGUCUAAACACUUAAAGACGCCAUGAAGAUUCAAGAGUUUGACGAUGCCCAAGAGUAGCAAGACUCUCUCCUAAAGUUCCUAAAUUACGCUUGUUAUUGAACCUUUCUUACCAUCCUCUCCUUCUCAACUCAGUUCUCGUCAAAGAAUAGUUGGUCCUUGUGAGAGAGCAAAUCCUUUAUAUCUGUAGGGGAGCAGAUCAUCAGUUUCCCUCAUUGGCUAAUGUUAAACAAUAGAAAAACGAAUCCACAGAGAUAGGAUGUGCAGUGAUCGAGUUUUUCUAUUACUUUUUGAUGUAUAUUGAGCCCGGUCCAAGUUACGAUGGAGUAGGAAAUAACGGGGGAAAUCACCCUCUCUGAGAAAGCUUACUCGCACGUUAGUUUGAGGGUCGUUGUCCACGAACUGAGCUGUGCAUUAACUUCUUUGUAACUAAAUUCUGCCACAACAAUGAUCCAAGAAUACUAGCACAGUCAUCAAACGUUAAGUGUUGUGUACAAGUUCGAUUGCAUAAUUUAAUAAUAAUUUUUCUUUGUUUUCCUUUCUUAAUUGAACGUAUUAUUUUGUUUUCCUCUCUCAGGCGGAUUCCAUUGUCAUUGUUGGUGUAGCAGACGGAAGCCCAGCAGUUGGUCAGGUAUCAGCUCCAGCAAUUUUAUUGGGUUUUUAUCGAUUAAUCCUCUCAUAUUUCAAUUUUCAAUUGAAUUUUGACCAUAAUGAAGGACUACUUCGUUUUGUCUUUACUACGCCCUCUCACUUGUCUUAAAAAAACUCGAUGCCCUCUCGACCAAAACUAGUUUUCCCAGGCUCCAGUCUUUUUUUUUUUUUCGUUAAGUUCUUAUUAACCCUUUACACCCUAACAUCAGUAUUCACAUUCUCUAUACUGCUCUCUGUACAGUUACUAAGGUGCUGACAAGGAGAAUUUGUCUAACAAUCAAGAGUUUCUUUAGUUGGUGAUCAUUUCCUUCAUUCUCAUGACAUUGAUGUGUGAUUCAGUGGUGAUAUUGGAAGGAGAAAUUCGAUGCUGGUCACUCUUAGGGGUGAAAGGGUUAAGUUCUUCUGAUAUUUUCCUCUCUUCUGAUAAACCUUGUGAUUACCUCGGUUUUUGGUUUUAUCACACUUGAUCGAAAAGCGCUUUGAUUUGGGACAGUUUGUUCUUCAAGCACUGCUAGGAAAACUUCUAUUCUGAUAAAGCAUAUAUACCUUACCAGUUUUGCCAUUUCACACAUUUCUCAGAUUCAGCUUGGAGUUUCGAAUGUACUUCUUUCGAGUGUCGCUAAACCAAAGCUCGUUGUUUCUCCCUCACCUAAGUUUACCCACGGUUAAAUCCGGUCGAGAGUGAAUAUUUUGAGUUCCUGUAAAGGUUCGCUAAGAUAAUGUCCUUUAUUCUGACUAGCGGUUUAGAUUUUCUUAGUUUGGCUCACGGAACACUUAAAGGGCCCACAUUGAUUGCAAAUAUGCGAAAAUCAUGUUUGUGAAGUAAUAUAUCAAACACGAGGAAGAGUGUUUCAUCCGAUAUCCAAACGCCGAGAAGUGGUUGAGAAAACGAGGCGCAGCCGAGUAUUUUUUAACCAACUUCAAGGUGUUUGGAUAUCGGAUGAAACACCCUUUCGAAUGUUUGAUAUAGCUUCUCAAACCAUUAAUAAUUCUUGGAGAAAAUCAAAGCAAAAAGUCACCAGAUUUUAUGAUAAUUAAGAUCACAUGUCCAAACCUCCUUCACGGUUGUAAUUUCCUUUGUUUUCUCAGCAUGAAUUAUUAAUGUGUUUGAGAACUGCCGAAGCGAUCUUCGCAGUAAUGAACACUACAUAAGCAGUAGUGAAAAUAAGGCCUGUACGGGAUUUGAACCCUGACCGCGGCGAUAAUGUUGCAACACUCUACCAACUGACUGAACAAGCCAACUGGAACUGGUCGUUAUGUUGGUUUCCAAAUAAACCCGUGGAGUGGUGUGAAAAUGACUGUAGAGAUCUGAAAAUCAUACAUGCGAACUGUGGACAAAGAUAUGAACGUGAAAGUGAUCUUCGCAGUAAUGAACAUUACUUAAGCAGUAGUGAAAAUAAGGCGCUAUAUUUUGGCGCAACAAACAGUGUAAAUGCAUCAAACUAUUCAACUCUUUGACACACAUGCUUACUUGGGUAAUCUCCCGUUUAAAGGCUUAGACAGGAUAUAAAGUUCUGAUGUGCUGGCAAAUGCUUGUUUGUUUAACGUGUACAUUGUAGAGUUAAUCGUAUUUCAGUGCGUAGUGAUCAUUCUGUUAUAUUUACCUCCCUUUUCAGCUUGAAAAACAGCUGGAGAAUAUUGGUGUACGAUCCCAAAAGGAGCUUAUUCUCUUACACCGUGAGGAUGGCGCUAAAGGUUUCCGAAUUUCACACACUGUAGAUUGGUUGAACGCGCGCGGCUGGAUCUGCGCUCAUCAUCAUGUAAGACCACGUUUAAGAGCAAUUUAUUUUGAAAUGAGUGUAGGAAGUAAUUCGUGGUUGCUUUGGUCUCACUUCACAACACUCUUUAAUGAUCUAAAAAUUUCGCAUUGUCCUCUCGACCAAUCAAAUGUAAAACUUACACAAAUCGAAUCGUUUCCCUUAUUUUCCUGCGCAUUCGACAGUUUGCUUGUUUUAACUCUGAGUUCUCAGUUAAAUUUCCCUUUUCGCUUAUUUUCAAUCUCAGAUAUAAUUACUUGCGUUAGAUUUUUCCAGCUCCCAAUGGAGUACACUAGUUGAAGUAUAAGUUCACUUUCUAACGAGAUGUAGUAGUUCCACUGUGCCUUGUUGAUUGUUAGACUCGUAAUGAUUACUUCCUCACUUGUUAUUUCUAGGUUCGAUGUGCUAAGAAAAUCUUUGGACGACGCCCGUUGUCUGAAAGGGUAGGAAGGAUUUAAAACUACAACAUCAGUCAUUUUGUUAGCGUAUCACGACCGUUUCGAUUUGAUUGAUUGUUGAUGUGUCAUUCAUUUGUUUCUUCAUUCAUUUUAGUAUGCACAAAAUCCUGCAGCGUACCCAUUACCAGAAAGGUGAGUGUUGCUCUACCUCGAUAUUACAGUGAGAGCGCGUUUUGACCGAGGUUCGUCAAACCAGAAUGCUAAGAGAUCACGUCAAAGUAGGACAAUUAAAAGUAUCACAAGGAGCCAAAGAGCUCUUAGAGCUAACGCGCGUGACCGGAGUCAAACACGAGAAAACGCACGUCAUCCAGUCGCCAUCGGUUCAACGGGGUAAUUAAGUAUUAUCAACUGAGUUGAUAACGUAUAAAUUGGCCACCAUAAAGAGUUUUGAAGCUGACGUGCGUUCGCCCUUCGUAAGAGCGUAUGACAUUCGGUCUGAAGAAGGGCUAAUGCAUCAAACGUCGGCUUUAAAACUCUUUCCGGUGGCCAAUUUACGUUCAUUUCAGUUGAUCAUACUAAAUUACUCUGUCUCUCUCCCACCGACGCAGCAUCACAGUUUAGUUAGAAACUUACUCCCUUUAUUCAGCUGUCGGUUUAAGUUUUAAAUCUGAUUGUUUGGGAAGAUGGUGCGAUAUUUGCAUACCAAUGACAGAGAUGAGCAAAGCAUAGCAAAACCUAUGCAAUCUCUAUAUACUUUCGACUCUCAAGAGAAAAAUUUUUCUUUGAACUUAUUAAUCUUUUUGUUGUAAAUCCAUACUAUCCUCAUCUCACUUUAUGUUCGAGCCUAAAGCUGAUCGCGAAAGUGCCCUAACUUUCAAUCUCCUGAUAAGAUAAACUAAGAUUUAUCUUAACAACUUGGGCUAAUUUCUUUUUAUUUUACUCUCAGAAAUUCUGAUUUUUCCCGACUUGCACGAAGACUUACAGGGACCUCCAUUGGAUUAAUUCUCGGAGGAGGCGGAGCCAGGUAAAAUUUUAUAGUACAAAUUACUUUUUCUUUGAGGAUUUCCUGAUAGUAGUACAUUUGUUCGGGGGGGUAACAGGAUUGCGCGCGCCUCCUCUGGUCGAGGAAGACGUCGUAUCUUUCAUAAGCCAUCUCGUGUGAGGUGAUUAUAGCACUUGAGCUUUACUUUUCGGUUCGUCAACCUUAGGAUUUUUUUCGAUGCUUCCUAAGAAUAAAAGUUAAGGAAAAUGCAUUCAUCAAGAUAUUUGAUAACACAGGGCAGCAAUCAGUACCGAAAUAAAUACUUUAACCUGGCUUCCAGAGUCCAAAAGCGCACAUCGGUCUAAGAGAGAGACCGGAGUAUGCAGCUUUUUUUCCUUGUAUAAAUGUCAUUAACCUAAAAAUUUGUUAUUUCCUAGGGGAUUAUCUCAUGUUGGAGUCAUCAAAGCAUUAGAGGAAGCAGGUUAGACCUUUCACCUGCUUUAUACGUUUUUCUUUAAAUAUUUGUGGACUGUUAGAAUUGAAUGAGGUAGAUAAUUAAUUUUGAGCUCGGUCUUAAAAUAAAGUAGGAAGAUGUUACUCUUAGCGCUCGAAUCCCAGAUCUUUGAAUUUCACCGUUCAGUGUUCUACUACUGAGCAACAGAGAGCUCGGUGACGACCUAGGCCAUUCCUAGAUUCAGUUGUGAUAAACUGCAUACUACUCGGAUCAGUGAUGUUAAAAGCGUCGUAUGUGUAAAUGUUAUAACAAAGAUGAUAAACUUUGAGCUCGAUUGUGACAAAACGAACAGUAUCUUUCUCUACCUUCUAUUAAAAAGCCUUCUAAGUUAGAAAAAGCGUCGUAAAACUUGUGAAAGAUGUUACGCUGUGAAUUUCUGUAGGCUUUGGAAAGCUUGGUUGUCGGGUACUCCCGAAUCACACUUUCAGGUUACGAGAAUAAAGGAAAUGAUCAACAUUUUAAUAAAUUUUUGAUUGUUAAACAAUUCUCCAUGUCAGCACCUAAGGAAAUGUAUAGAGAACAGUAUGGAGAAUAUGGAUACUGAUGGAAGAGUGUAAAGGGAUUAAGCCACUAAAAGCAAGUUGUGCAUCUUUUCCGUAACUGCUUUAAUUUCCUUACGGCUUAUGUUCUGGGACUCUAUACCCUGAGAUCACAAACAGUUGCAAUACCCAAAUAUUCUGAAUCGGGAGUUGACAUCAGAUGUAUCUUAGUCAUGUAUGCUUUUCUUGUAGGGAUACCUAUAGACAUGGUAGGUGGCACCAGCAUGGGAUCCUUUGUCGGUGCAACAUACGCCGAGACUGCUGACGUCAACAGGAUGUGUCAGAAGGUCCGCGAGUGGUCAAUGGUAAGAACUUGUAGAGCAACACUUGAGUGAAACCCAAAUAGACAUAUAGGGAUUGACCAUCUUUUCCUUACAACGUGAUUUGUAACCUAAAGGUUUGGUGUAGUAAGCUGUGAAGAAAUUCGCAUUAAACUUUGUCUAUUCACUUUGAGUUAGUUUUAGUCUUAAGACUAAACAAACGAGAGCUAUUCGUACAAAUUCCUACCUUUACUGGUUCAACAACCACCUUCUCCAAGGCUCGUAACUCGGCCAUACCCUGAGGGAGGAAAGCGGUACGAGUCCUAGGCUGAUCUGUGGGUUGUUUGCUAACAAGACAAUGUUACUCUCUUUACACUUUGCAGGACAUGACGUCUUUAUUUAAGAAGAUCCUUGAUCUAACGUAUCCGUUCACCUCCAUGUUUUCUGGUGAGAUUUUUCAUGUAGUACUCUUAAUGUGAAUCUGAAAAAAGACUGAGCCUGAUAUCUUCUGACAUUUUUUAAUUUUUCUUUUUUUUUCCAUUUUAUAUAUUUUAUUGGUUUUUGUUGUUGUAUUUCUUUUAAGAUUAUUUUGAUGUAAUGCAGCCAUUUAUCCUUUCUUCUAUUGCAGGAAGUGGAUUUAACGCGAGCAUUAGAAGUAGUUUUGGAGAGCGUCAAAUAGAGGUACAAAGAAAAGGAUAACUUAAUUGUGUUAUCGCGAUAAUUAACUGCAUACAAACUGUAUGGUAAGAGAUUAUUCUUUACCUAUCGAGUAACUCUUAAAUAGAAAGAAUAACAGCAAAACAAACUGAUGUUCUUUGUAAACAAACACAUAAUCACGUAGAGGAAAGUGGAGUUAAACACGACAUAUCUGGCGGGUAGUCUUCAAUACUGACUUUGAAAAUGUACCAUUAAUGUGACCUGUGUUUAUCAUUUAUUUGCAGGAUCUCUUGUUGCCAUACUUUUGCAUCACAACUGACAUAACGUCUUCGAGAAUGAGAGUACAUACCGAUGGUAAAUAAUGCUAUAUUUGUCUCAUUCCGCGUCUUGCAAUAUAUUCAACUUUUUUUUUUCCUUUUUUUUUUUUUUUUUUUUUUUUUUUUUCCAGCUUCUUGACAGAUCCAGAUCCCAAUUGGUUGGAUCAUUCAACCCUUUAAUGAUGUAUUCUGUGAUGUAGCUCACACCACAACAAAUACUCACUCCCUCUGAAAAAUCUUUGCCGACCUAUGAAAACGCAAUUAGCCUACCAAACCAGAUUAACUCCGCAUGAAGCACGUUUAAGACUACCCUAUAUGUUUUUCUUUCUUUCUUUUUCCCUAUUGUUUUUUAUGUGACACAAUGAAAUUUGUGCUUUCAAAAUAUAGGCCAAUUCCCAGUGCAGAGGAAUUCAAAAUCGUCGGUAAUGUGAAUGUAGUAAAUGCCCUUAACCGUUGCCAAUUUUGUGCCACCGAUCCUUUACAACCUAGCGGAUCUUCCCUUUUUAUUUCAACAUUUAAGUUCCUCUUAAUGAGGAGUCAUUUGGUUAACAAAAUCGAACUACUUACUUAAAAAAUCCACUUUUAAAUUAUAUUCGAGGGGAAUGAAUUUAACGUAACAGCUUCUUCCCUUUACAGGCUGUUUAUGGCGUUAUGUUCGUGCUAGUAUGUCUCUGUCGGGUUAUCUACCACCACUUUGUGAUCCCAAAGACGGACAUCUGUUACUGGACGGUGGAUACGUCAAUAAUUUACCCGGUGAGCAAGUGUUACCAUUUUAAUCAAACCACUUUUCCUGUUAUGUCUUUUGAGGAGCCUGUAGCUCGCAUAAACCUCUCGGUUUCUCUACGAGUUUCCUCGCCACGUUAUAAUUACAAAAUGGCAAAAUAAACAAAUAGACAAAUUUACAGCCGACUCUUGUGUUGUUUCAAUUUGUAGCGGACGUAAUGAAGACAAUGGGAGCACAGACGAUCAUAGCGAUCGACGUAGGAUCGGAAGAUCCCGAUGAUCUCACGAACUAUGGCGAUCAGUUAUCAGGCUGGUGGCUUCUGUGGAACAAAUGGAAUCCUUUUGCUGAAACUGUCAAGGUUGGUGAAAUUAUACGAGAAGCGAUUUUUGUUAUUUGAUAUUCAAUGCAAUAUGCUCUUAAUUUUUUUCACUUCGAAAGAUUCCAGACAUGGCCGAAAUCCAGUCCCGUUUAGCCUAUGUAUCUUGUGUUAGGCAAUUGGCGGAAGUUAAAGAGAGCAGUUACUGUGAAUACAUAAGACCGCCAAUCGACAGGUAUGUCUAUGCAGAAUCCUUCACACAAUUCAAAACACUUGGAAAGAAUAGUCAGAUAUGGUUUUAGGGUCCGUGCAGUACAUGAAAGUGCAUCGAGGUUUCUCUGUCGGUGAUCGAUAAUGUGCGACUGAGCUGUUUGAUUGAUCGAAUGAGUCAAAACUGACUGGUGGACAGGCUGACUGAAGCUGACCAAUUGACUAAUCAACUGAUUUCCUGACUUACCUAACGACUGGCUGCCUCACUGACUUGGCGACUGACUGAUUGACUGACUGGCUGACUCACUGACUAUUUGACUGACUGAUUUAUUGAUUGCAACUGAUGGACAGACUGAUUGGUGUAUUAAUUGAUUGGUGACUAAUUUUUCGAUUGGUUGAAUGAUUUAUUGUGUGCUUGCUUGCUUGCUUACUUUCUCGUUUGACGGCUGAAUUGAUAGAUUGGUUUGAUUAAUGUUUGACAGAUUUAAGACUUUGGAGUUCGGUCGCUUCGAUGAGAUAGUGGUGAGUUGAAUUUGAUGCAUCAAAAACGUUUCAUUACCUUGUUAUUUUCUACUAAUUAAGCUCUCAUCUCCCUGAUUGUUGCUGUUUCAUUGAAUUUUCUCUGCAGGAUGUGGGAUACCAUCACGGUAAGACUGUUUUCAAAGGCUGGGUCAGAGGAAACAAAUUACCCGAUAUCUUCAGAGAGCAUCCAUCUAGGAGUCACAUGACCCACGCGUAUGCUACUGGGCAACCUGUGGGGAAGGUAAGAAAUCAAACUGGAAAAAAUUAUCUCGCACGGCAGGGCGUGAUACUAUUGAUACGUAACCGUAGCAAAAAUGUCAAGAAACAAAUUGUUCUUACAUUGAUAAAUAGUUCAAAUGCUGGCAAUGCAUCGUUCUAACCCUAUUAACUUGUAUAUUCAAUGAGGCUUAAUUUGAUCAUUAGGAUAUAUUUUCGUAGAAAAGGUUGUGAUUAUUCAUCAUGGUGAAUAACAAUAAAAGCUAAGUUUUUUCGUUUGUCUCACGAUGUAGUCACGGGUGAUGUAGAUCGCGACGUUUCGACUGCAUACUGCUAGUCUUCUCCAGGCGAUGAAGAAGACUAGGCACCGUUUUUUCUCUUUGAAGCAUACUUGACACGAUAAAACUAGUUUUGAACAUGCUCUUUGAAUUGUUUUCGAAGGCGUCAGAGCACAGUACCUUCACUAACUUGGCGGAGCAGAUAUCCCGGAUUGAACCUCCGUACACUCACGAGUGGUUACCAUUCUCAUCCUCGGAUGAACUGCUAGGUUCCAGUUCCCCACCCGGUCACCACAUGUACUCGGCCUCGGAGGAAGACGACGAGUACGAUGAAGAAGAAGAGAAUCUUGUUCGUGUCAGACCAAGAACAGGUUCUCUGUCAGAACACGAAGAUUUACUGGCCCUUAAGACGGCUCAAUUCCAAGUUGUUCGGCGCGAAGAGGCUGGAUAUGAUGUAAGUUUCAUAGUUUUGCUUAAACCUUUAACUCCCAUGAAUGAUAUCAAUACAAUAUCAAGUAGAAAAGUGAUGAGAAUAAAAAAAAUAUUAACUAAGAGAUUACUAGUUGAUCCAAUACCCAAUUCUCCAAACUUACAUCACAAGAACUAUAUGGCAGACAGUAAGGAUAAUUACUAAUGAGAUCUUGGGAGUGAAAGGGUUAAAGACGUCAAUGUCGUGUACGGUAGAUCUAUCAGUUUCACGUAACAACUCGUAAGUUAUCAUCUUGAAGCCGAUAUAGUCCUUUUUAUGUGCGAGUAGAUACUGCAGUGCGUCAGUGUACAAACGGAAGCGGUUUCCUGGCUCUGGGUGAUUUUAUGCUUUCAUUUGACUUGAUUUCUUGUCGUUCUUUCUUAAGUUUAGCUAUGGUUUUAAGCACUAAAAAAUACGCUUUACAUAACCAUUGUAAGGUUUACCUUGACUGACCUUUUUUCUAAACUGUUUUUAUUUUCUCAGUCGGAUGAUACUCAUGUGAGAAGAAGACUGGGCUUGCAUCAUCAACCGAACAGUGAACCAUAGAACAAACGUAUGGACUCUUAGGGAUGGUAGUCAUGGAAACGCCAACGCAACCCUCUAAAAGAAAGGAAUAGCACCUGAUAUAUGGUGUAUUUAGAUGACGAGUGUGAUUUGGGAAUGAAAUUCAAAUUGUUUGUGGCAUGCAUUCAUUGUCAAAUGCAAUGCGCGUAAUAGUGAUAACAAAGCUAACACGGGCGAUAGACAGGUCCAAAAUAUUUUGCACGACCAACAAGGGGGCCUCUCCCCUCAACUAAAUCACAAAUAAUCGAUUAAUGGCGAUCGGACCAUUUGCUGUUAAAUCCUAGGCUGGGUUAAGAGUCAAGUCAAAUUUACCCCUGUAAAGUGUAUCAAUUGUGUGGAGAACAUUAACCGUUUUAAUAGGAAGUAUGGCAGGUUUGGCAGAGAUAAUUCACCUCUCAAGUUUCAGUGUGCGUGUGAACUCCAAGUUUAGGAGGUUUGCCAUAACAUUUACGUAAUUUUGGUCUCUUUGUAAUAAGGGAGUGUAGCGUAUAAUGCCAUUGAGACAACGUUGAGAACUUUUAAGGAAAUAAUCAGGAAUAAUAAAUAGCGCCCCCCACCCUUAUGGAGAUAGUGAUGCGUUUCCUCAAAGAGAGGAAACUUGUGUUUGCAUAACAAUCAUUAACUUAAUCAUUAACUUAUUUGAUAUUCGAAUAAAACCUUUUCCAAAAGUGCAUGACACUACCUAGCAAAGGUCUUCGUCGCAGCUGCUAUAUGUAAGUAAUACGUUGAGUACAGUUGAGUCCUUAAGUACCAGAAGAACGGCAUGAAAUUAGUUCAGUUUUAACAGUUCCAGAUGCAGCAAUCUUAAAACAUUUCUCUCCUCUUUCUUUUUCUUUCUCUUUUUUUUCAUAACAAAAUGCAUUGUGUUAUCAAAGGCUUGACUGCAGUUAAUAGUAAGUAUUGCAUUUAUGCAUUUAUUCAGUAUUGCUGUACUCAGUGACGGUUGAAAACUGACUCGUCUCCAGUCGUCCACGCUGUAGUCCACAUCUGUAGUCCUCAAUGUCGCUAGUGAAUCGGCAAGUGUAUUCAACAGCGUAGCAACAGCUGUAUACGAGAUUCCUAAUUUCUUAGCAAAAGAAUCAGAAUAACUUUUCCGUUUUUAAAGUUGAAAUGCAAAUUCGAAUCAUGAAUAUGAGAAUAUGGAUUUUUUUCUGACUUAUCUCCUCGGAAUUUGUAGCGCUUUUAAGGACAAGUUCAUUGCUUAUUGAUAAAAAUGCCCUUUAAGAUCAGUUUAUUUUUUCUCAUUCCUGCAUGAAUUUUUUUCAUUGACAUGCAAAGAGAAGACAAAUGCUGACUUAUUUUAGUACUAAAUGUGGGAAAAACACACUAACUGAAGCAGAAGUGGAAAAUUUCUACACAUCACUUGAAAUGUAAAUGAUUGAUAUUUGUAAUAAAGAAUUUUGUUUGCUUAUUGUUGGUUGUUAUUAUGAAUUGUAACCCCAUGAAGUGAGUCAAAAUGAAGUUAUGAAAUGCAUCCAUCUCCAGUUGUUUCCUCGUUAUGGAUGAGUUUUAUCGAACACAAUGUAAACUGAUGUAUUCGUGAGUUUCCCCUACGGAAAGGUUGUAAUAGGUAUAAUGAGGUAACAUGUGGCUACUAUGCCUAGAUUGCAUCAGUUUUUCAAAGGUUUCACCCUGUAGUGAAACAUUUAGCUAGAUGUUGCUUGACUCUUGGUUGCAUAAAACAGAUUGCUCCAAAGUCACAUUCGUCUAUUAAGGGUCGCCGAGUGGUACCUCCCUUGAUCACCUUGUUUCGCCCAGAUUCUCGAAAACCAAACCCCUGUGAGAUUGGUCACGUACUGGAUCCUGUUUCUAGGGAGUGCCGAAGGGUAAUCAGCAUGAAAAGGGACAUCGACAAGAAACUAACUUUACCUUUCUUUAACAGAUAUAAAGUUUCUAUCGAAUUUGAAUCUCAGUUUGGUAAAACAGAUGGGAAUCAAUCAAAAAAGUAA